AUGGAAACUACAAAGGUUGAUGAUGUCAAAAACUCUUCCAAAAGAAAGAUUGCUCCCCCUAAAGUAGCUGAUUGGGUGGAGCCCUCUUUUAGUGACUUCUGUAAAAACACAAAUACAUCAUCUUCCAUUCUUCAUAAAAAGACAUCUUCAGAUACCAAGCACUGCCAAAAAAUAAAGGAGCAUUUUUCUUUAUUAGACAGUUGCAAGGGUGAGAAGAAAAAAAGGAAACAACUUUCUACAGAUGAGAGAUAUAAAGCUCCCAAACAACAUCAUGGUCAGAUUGAAACAUGGGUGGAUAAAUACAAACCCCAAAUUCAGGAUGAGCUUGCGGUACACAAAAAGAAAAUUGAAGAAGUUGAAGCAUGGUUAAAAAGUCACAUAUUUCAAAGGCAGACUAAACAGGGAGGCUCUAUUUUAUUAUUAACUGGUCCCCCAGGAUGUGGAAAGUCUGCAACUGUGGAAAUACUAGCCAAGGACCUUGGUGUUCAAGUUCAAGAAUGGACAACUCCUAUAUCACUAGACUUUACAAAGGAUGAUUUUCAUUAUGCUCUGAACCAUGAAGCUGAUUUUCCACCUUACCAGAGCCAGACAGCCCUCUUUCAAGAAUUUCUGUUCAGAGCAAACAAAUAUCCCCGGCUUCAUAUGGUUGGAGAAUCUAUAGGAACUGAAAGAAAGCUUAUUCUUGUGGAAGAUAUGCCAAAUCAGUUGUGUCGUGAUCCUGGCAGUUUGCAUGAAAUUUUGCGGAGUUUUGUUAGGACAGGCAAAUAUCCUCUUGUCUUCAUAAUAUCAGAUAGCUUUAGUGGAGCCAGCAACCAACGGUCUCUGUUCCCAAAAGAGGUUCAAGAAGAGCUGUGCAUAUCUAAUAUUAGUUUCAACCCAGUGGCUCCUACAAUGAUGAUGAAAGUUCUUAGUCGAAUAACUGCACUAGAGAACAGUAAGAGCAGAGAAAAAAAUGACAUCCCUGACAAAGGUGCAUUAGAACUGAUUUGUAAAGGAUGCUCGGGUGAUAUUAGAAGUGCAAUAAACAGUCUCCAAUUUUCUUCUUUAAAAGAGUACUCAUCUGAAAACAUCAUCUGGUCACAGAGAAAGGAGAAUUCUACCUUAAAAUGUGAUACGCUCUCUAAAGUUAAAAAGAAAAAGAAAUCUGGCAACCCUUUAGAAAUCCAGGAGAUUCAGGCUAUUGGCGGCAAGGAUGCUUCUCUCUUUCUUUUCCAUGCUUUGGGGAAAAUACUUUAUUGCAAAAGAGAACCAACAACAGAGCCAGGCUUUCCCCAAUUGCCUCCUCAUUUAUCAGAAUAUGAACGAAAUCACCUGCUCGUUGAACCUGAGGAUGUGAUAGAAAAAUCGCAUAUGCCUGGGGACUUAUUUAAUUUGUACCUUCACCAAAACUAUGUAGAUUUUUUCUCAGAUAUAGAUGAUGUUGUGAGAGCCAGUGAAUAUCUGAGUACUGCUGAUUUCAUGUGCAGCAACUGGGAUGCGCGGCCUUCACUCCAGGCCUAUAGUGCCUCGGUGGCCACAAGAGGAGUGAUGCAUUCAAACAGAGCCAGAGCCUUUACCCAGAACAAAGGAAUGGGCUUUCGGCCACUUCAUAAACCACAGUGGUUCCUAAUUAACAAAAAGUAUCAAGAGAACUGUUUGGUGGCAAAAUCCCUCUUUGCAAGUUUCUGUUCAUCGCCACUGUGCCUUCAGACUGAGCUAUUGCCUUACCUUGCCUUGCUAACAAAUCCAAUGAGAAACCAAGCUCAGAUUACUUUCAUUCAGGAUGUUGGAAGAUUUCCAUUACAGAAACACUUUGGAAGGUUGCGGCUUGAAACUCUUACUGAUAAGGAUUCAACGAUCCAAUUACUGGACAAUGAUGAUGAAGGUGAAUUUGCUGAGAUCCAGCCUAGAAACCUGCUUAUUCAAAUGGAGAAAACCAAAAUCAGUGAGGGGAAUGAGGUAGUGGAAUCGCCCCUUCUAGCCAGUGGACCUGAACUUCCAAGCAGUCAGCCUCAGCCUAUCGCAGCACAAGCCACCAUGGAGGAAGAUGAUCUCAACAUAGAAGAAUAUGACAGUGACUGAAAAUGGCACAAUGGCAGCCACAAAACUGUGAUAGCAUUUAACAAUAUUGCUCUGGCAUUUUAUAGACAUUCCUAUUAGAGACAGAAUGUAGCAGCAAGGUUAAUUGUUGUUUCUUCACACCUCACUUAUUAUUUGUUCAUACUGGGUAACACCUAAUAUGAAAAAUAUCAGAGUACAGGGUCUCUGAAAGUUGCAAAAUGUAAGAUUUUGUUCCCUAUCUAUAAUGUGAUAUGGAAAUCAGUAUUGUGAGAAAUUCAUUAUUUCAAAGUUUAUUUUAAUCUUGCAGAUAUUUGGAGCACUUGCCAACAGUUUUGUUAGCAUUUGAUAACUCUCACUCUUCUUUUCAGUAGAAAACACUGUACAGAGAGUUUAAGGUCUGUAUUGUAUAUUAUUUAAGAUGUAAAUAAACCUCUGAAUGUCUUGCUAUUGAAUAAAUGGUGUUUUAAAAUGUUA